UUGCCACAAACGCCCAAAAAACGUGUGCGCAUGUCGAUUAAAGUAGCCAAUGGCAGCGCAGUAAAUUUUCUCCUGAUGUCAAAUGUCAGAAAAUUCCAGAUAAUUUUGUUGCCUUUUCCAUUUUCCAGAAUAGCGAUAAGACAGUUUUCCUGUGGCGGAAGUGAUUAAUUGCCGACAACAGCAGCAUGUCUUGGAACAGUGGACCAUAUCCACAAGGAAAUCAAGGAUAUUAUGGUGGCCCUCCACCACAGCAACCGUACCCAGGCGGUUAUCCCGGGGCGCCUCCGUCAGGAUACCCGGGUGCCCCGCCGCCAGGUUAUCCCGGUGCUCCAGGAGGAUACCCAGGACAACCUGGUUUCAAUCCCCCACCACCACAACCACCCUAUGGAAACCCAUAUGAUUCGGCACCGCAACAAGGUGAAGCUGCACCCUUUAAUAAUCACACUGGGAUGUAUAGCGGCGAGGACCCCAGUGUCAAAGGAUUUGACUUUUCGGACAAAAGCAUCCGGCGCGGAUUCAUCCGUAAGGUCUAUUCAAUUCUGAUGGUUCAGCUAUCGAUAUCUCUCGCAUUUAUCGCCUGGUUCUUAUUCCACACACCGACGAGGAAGUUUGUCCAGAGCCACGGCGAAUUAUUAAUUAUUUCUCUAGUCAUCAUUUUUGUUACGAUGAUCGCACUCGCUUGCUGCGGGGAAGUACGAAGAAAAGCGCCUACGAAUUACAUUUUCCUCUUCAUUUUCACGCUUGCUGAAUCUUUCGUGCUUGCAGUAUGUUCGUCAACAUACGAGUCGCAAGAAGUCAUGAUGGCAGUCGGCAUAACUGCCGCUGUCUGUCUCGGGCUCACUUUGUUUGCUUUCCAAACGAAAUACGAUUUUACAAUGUGUGGGGGGAUACUUUUUGUUGCCGUCCUGAUCUUAUUCAUUUUCGGAAUUGUUACCAUUUUUGUUCACACCAAAGUUGUAAAGUUGGUCUAUGCAUCUUUGGGGGCUUUGAUUUUCUCGAUUUAUUUAGUUUACGACACGCAGCUUAUGAUGGGCGGCAACCACAAGUAUUCUAUCUCACCUGAAGAGUACGUUUUCGCCGCUUUGAAUUUGUACAUCGACGUUAUCAACAUUUUCAUGUACAUUUUAUCAAUUAUUGGUACUUCAAGGGAUUAGAAGUAGAGGUUUUAUUUUUUCAACUGUUGUAUUUGUUGUGUUGGUAAGAAUUGAGUUUUGUUUAACACAGAGUAUUAAUAAAUUCUCCACUGUUUUUUGAAUAAUAUCAUUUUCGUAAAAAUUGCAAUAUAACUAUUUAUUUUGCUAGAUAUAAAUGUACAGAUUAAGAAACCAAUCCUAUUAGUGGGAGGUAGGGAGAAUGGAAGUAGAUUUUAGAUAUUAAAGCCAGUGGUUAAUUAUUGUUAACUGUAGUAAAACCACUAUUACGAACGCUUCUAUACUUACUCAAACGACCCAAGUGUUAUGAAUGUGAUGAAUUACUACUAUUACCUUGAUCACAAUAAAAAAUUCCUUCGUUACUUGUAAUAUUUAUAACAUGUAAGUAUAAAGAUUAGGAAAAUAACUAUAGUUUUUGAUGUUUACUCGUUUUACUGUAAUGCUUGUAAAAAAUAAAUGCACUGAAAUAUUGCUCU